CUGUGACUGCAAUCUCUAAUUAAUCAUCAACAGUGUAAUAUGAUCCUGGCCCAUGACAAGGGAACCUGCUGAAUCCUUUGAAAACCUGUCCACUGGCCUUCUUCAGACCCAGGGACCAGCGUCCGAGGACCCCAGGCUGAUGGGGGCUCAGAUCUGCUCCCAGGCUGACGCCAAGAUGCCCCGAGAGGCGCUCCGUUUCCACGCCGAGGCCGUAGGCGUGCAGGUGCGUCUGGACGCGCAGCGAAGCACCGCGCGCAGGCGCUCCACGUUCCAGGACGGCAUCGUGUUCAGCCAGCGGCCGGUGAGGCCUGGAGAGCGCGUGGCGCUGCGCGUGCUGUUUCACGAGCGCGGCUGGGUUGGCGGCCUCCGCGUAGGCUUCACGCGCCUGGACCCCGCGCGGGUGACCGCGCCCAGCCUGCCGCCCUUCGUGUGCCCGGACCUGGAGCAGCAGAGCCCGACGUGGGCGGCCAUGCUGCCCGACGGCUGCGGGCUCACCGGGGACGUGGUGCGCUUCUGGGUGAACCGCCUGGGCCGGCUCUUCGCCCAAGUGAACGCGGGCCCCCGGCUCCUGCUGCGCAAGGGCGUGCUCAUGGGUGCCCCUCUCUGGGCCGUGAUGGACGUGUACGGGACCACCAAAGCCAUCGAGCUGCUGGAUCCUACAGUCAGCGCCUCCACCCCAACCAUGCCAUGGGUCCUCAGUGAUGAGGCUCUGCCUGAGCCCAAAGCCACAGCAGGAGAGGAGUGUGCCAUCUGCUUCCACCAGGCUGCCAACACCUGCCUUGUCCCCUGCGGCCACACACACUUCUGCAGCUGCUGUGCCUGGCGGGUCUUCAGGGACACGGCCAAAUGCCCCGUGUGUCGCUGGGAGAUUGAGGCGGUGGCCCCGGCUUGGGACCGUCCUGCUCUGGGCCCUGGUAUAGGUGCACAGCUCUGAGCCCGGCCCCUGCCAAGGGACGAGGUGCAGCUCUGCCCUCUUUCUGGAGAAGAGUCAGAAAGCCUGGUUAGCAACAGGUGUGGCGGAGAGACGGAGUCAGGGCCGCAAUGGCUCUUCCCCCUUCUCAGCAGGAGGGGGCCAGUGGACCAAGGAGGUGCCCCUUUCUGCCCACAUCAGAACUACCUCCCUGGUGGGUGCCUGGCUGGAGAAGGUGGCUCAGC